CACUGCGUGAGAAAACUGCGCUUUAAUGUUUUCAUUUCAUUGUUCACUGAAUUUGAACUUCCUAGAAACAAGCAGACCCUUCACCGAUUCCUAUUCUCGCUUCUUCCCUAUGUCAUCGCCGGUGGCCACCGCGGUCAGCGCCGCCGCGCCCUACGACCGCGCGAAAGCGGUGAAGGAGUUCGACGAAACCAAGGUCGGAGUCAAAGGAUUGAUCGACUCGGGAAUCAAGGCCAUACCCCCUAUCUUCGUUCACCCGCCAGAAACCCUAGCGGAGCUGAAGCGCGGGGCAGAACCCGGUUCCGCGCCGGAAAUUCCCACGGUGGACCUGGCCGCCGUGCAGGAGUCGCGUGCCGCCGUGAUUGAGCAGAUCCGGCAGGCAGCGAGCACGGUGGGAUUCUUCCAGGUGAUCAACCAUGGCGUCCCGGAAGAGUUACUCCGGCAAACUCUGGCGGCGGUUAAGGCGUUCCACGAGCUGCCGGCGGAGAAGAGGGUGCCGGUGUACCGUAGGGAGAUGGGGAAGGGCGUAUCGUACAUUUCCAACGUGGAUCUAUUCCAAUCAAAAGCUGCCAGCUGGCGCGACACAAUCCAGAUUAGGAUGGGCCCCACAGCAGUUGAGUCUAGCGAGAUUCCCGAGGUGUGCAGAGAAGAGGUGCUGGAAUGGGAUAAGGAAGUGGUGCGUGUUGCACGUGUGUUGUACCAGUUACUGAGUGAGGGGCUGGGAUUGGGUGCGGAGAGGCUGAACGAGAUGGGUUUGUGGGAAGGAAGAGUUAUGGUGGGGCAUUAUUACCCGUUUUGCCCUCAGCCUGAUCUAACGGUUGGGCUUAAUUCUCACGCCGAUCCCGGGGCUCUUACCGUGUUGCUGCAGGACCACAUCGGUGGGUUGCAGGUUGAGACGGAACAGGGUUGGAUCCAUGUGAAGCCUCAGCCUGAAGCUCUGGUUAUUAACAUCGGAGAUUUCCUUCAGAUAAUUUCUAACGAAGCGUACAAGAGUGCUCAUCAUCGAGUGUUGGCGAACCAUUCUAAUGAGGCAAGAGUGUCGGUUGCUGUUUUCCUGAACCCAAGUGAUAGAGAGAGAGUUUUUGGACCAUUGCCGGAGCUAACAUCAGCAGACAAACCAGCCCUUUAUAGGAACUUCACCUUCAAUGAAUUUAUGACAAGGUUCUUCAAGAAAGAGUUGGAUGGUAAAUCAUUGACCAAUUUCUUUAGGAACUCAUGAAUCUCUGUUUAUGUAUCUUAAUGUUAAAAACCUUUUAACUACUUAUUUGAAAAGCUUGUUUAAAAACCUUUCAUGUACACCAACCUCUCAACUUCUUGGCCUCUCAAUUUCUUGGCAUCU